AUGUCACUCCAGCACCUCGACAGCGCCCCCAAGGCAGACGACUUCACCCCGCUAUCAGAACACCAAUCCCAGACCCCGACUUCCUUCUUUGGCGCAAAACCCGUCCUACAUGCUCAUUAUGAGGGAAUGACUCUGGUGACAGCUGCCGAUCAGCUUAAACAAGAUGCCGCAUUCAGCAAAUUCAGCUCCAAGCGCGAGGGCGAAGAGGAUCUGGUCGAGGGCGUUGACAUUUGGGUGUCUUCAGAAAAUGUCGUUCUGUUCCAGAGCACGCCCUCGCCCGUCGGCGUAUCCAUCCCGUUCCCAUCCCUCGCGCUCCACGCAACGAUGAAGUACAAGUCCACCAUCGAGGCGCUAUACGUAAAUAUCUCGCUCAACGAUGCCGAAUCCGUAAACGAAGACGAUGACAUCCAUAUGCUCGAAAUCACCGUGCUGCCACCAUCAUACACUUCGAAACCCACCGAGACAUGUAUCACGGAGCUGUUCAAUGCGCUGAACACUUGCGCUGAUCUGCACCCCGAUCCAGAUGGCAGCGACGACGAUGGCGACGACAUACUGGAUGAUUCAGCGCCCGGCGCAUCGGGUUGGAUAACAGCGGAGAACAUGGAUGAAUACAUGGACGAAAACGGCAACUUCAGCGGCAUGGUCAUCGGUGAGGAGCUGGGUCCCGGAGCUGGAACAGUGAGGGCAAGGGAAGACGUCGAUGGAGACGCUAACGGAACAAACGGCGCGAAUGGACACGAAGAAAAGUACUACCGUACUGGAUAA